GCAGUGUCAAUACAAUAGGCUUCUUGUGUGUGGAUGUGUGCGCCUGCUGGGAGGCUGAGGCAGCUUCACUCUGCUCGGCGGCCGGGUUGUCUGCGCUCUGGGCACAGCGCCUCUGCCAUGGACUGAAGAGGACGUGAUAGAACGAGCAAGUGUGAGGGCACAGAGCGUCAGAGAAGAGGAUGCGUCAGGAUGAAGCGACACAGGCACCUCAGCAGCAGCGACAGCUCGGACAAUGAAAGUCCUUCAACUUCCUUUUCGUCCUGUUGUCAGUACAGGAACAAGGGUAAAAACACAACAGAGGAGGAAAAGAAGUCUUCCGAGGUAUUCCGGAAAGACCUAAUCAGUGCCAUGAAGAUUCCCGAUUCCCAACAUGUCAAUAUGGAGGACUACUAUCACUUUGUAGACACGUGGAAGCAGGAGUGGGAGAAGGGAGUUCAAGUACCUGCUAAUCCAGAUUCCAUCCCACAGCCUUCUCUCAGGGUCAUUGCAGAAAAAGUGAAGGAUGUUCUGUAUUCUCGUCCACGAAAGUACAUCCAUUGUUCAGGCCAAGAACCAACAGAACCUGGUUAUAUCAACAUUCUGGAAUUGGCAGAGAGCAUGUGCCGUUACGAUCUUGAUGAUGUGGACCUCUUUUGGCUUCAAGAAUGCAACCUUGAGUUAGCAGAUAUGGGAUGUGCUCCUUUGGAUGAGAGCACUAUGGAGAAGACAUUAGAAGUCCUGGAACGGCAGUGCCAUGAAAACAUGAAUCAUGCCAUAGAGACAGAAGAAGGCCUAGGCAUCGAGUACGAUGAGGAUGUCAUUUGUGAUGUGUGCCGCUCUCCUGACAGUGAGGAAGGCAAUGAUAUGGUCUUCUGUGACAGGUGCAACAUCUGUGUUCACCAGGCGUGUUAUGGCAUUCUGAAGGUUCCGGAAGGCAGCUGGUUGUGUCGCACUUGUGUGUUAGGGGUCCACCCACAGUGUAUUUUGUGCCCAAAGAGAGGAGGAGCCAUGAAGCCCACAAGAAGUGGAACAAAAUGGGCCCAUGUUAGCUGUGCACUAUGGAUACCAGAGGUGAGCAUUGCGUGUCCUGAAAGGAUGGAACCUAUCACUAAGCUUUCUCAUAUACCUCCAAGUCGGUGGGCGUUGGUUUGCAGUCUGUGCAAACUGAAGACAGGAGCCUGCAUACAGUGCUCCGUUAAGAGCUGUAUCACGGCCUUUCACGUCACUUGUGCAUUUGAGCAUAGUUUGGACAUGAAGACGAUACUAGAUGAAGGGGAUGAAGUGAAAUUUAAAUCCUAUUGCUUGAAGCACAGUGAGAACAAGCACUGUCCAGCAGAACAAGACGAGCCCGACAAAGCUCAUGUGGACAAUAGACAGAGUGAGAGUGAAAAAAUCAGCCUCCGAGCUCAGAAACUGAAGGAGUUAGAGGAAGACUUUUACACUAUGGUGAAUGUGGACCAUGUGGCAGCCGAAAUAGGCUUGCCCAAGAUAACGGUGGAUUUAAUAUAUUCUUUCUGGAUGUUAAAACGAAAAAGUAAUUUUAACAGACCGCUUGUACCACCUAAAGAGGAAGAACAGAAUGGCUUGAUGCAGCCCAAGGAGGACAGUAUUCACACCAGGAUGAGAAUGUUCAUGCACCUUAGGCAAGAUCUUGAGAGAGUAAGAAAUUUGUGCUACAUGGUCAAUAGAAGAGAGAAACUCAAACUGUCCCACAGUAAAGUCCAUGAGCAAAUCUUCAAUUUACAAGUACAACUUGUCAAUCAGGAGAUGGCAGCAGGACAACCUUUAUCAAGUGCGCUGGAGAAUACAUUAUUUUACCCUCCUCCAAGAAUAACUUUGAAGUUAAAAAUGCCAAAAUGCACACAAGGAGACAGUAAAAACAGUUCAGUGAAGACUGGCAAACGAUCAGGUCUUGUUGAUAAAAACAAUACUUCACAUCAUGGCCGUGGCAGAAAGCUACAGAAAUCUUCAGAGGUCCUCACUAAACACUACUCCUCCCACUUGGCCUCCGAACAAAGACGGAAUGGAUUACUAGAGAGUAGUAAUCCCCGGAUUGAGAAUCAGGAACCAGUGAUGCAACAAACGUCACGAUAUAGGAGCUCAGGUAAACCAAUGUCUCUACAAGCUGUAAUACAUGGACAGUCUUCAAAUGGAAGUGGGAAAGUUCAGCGUCAACAUCUCAAGUCAAGCAAGUCUAAUGGAAUUUUACAUUCUAGUGCGGACAGAAUCCAAAGGGAGAGCUUAAGCCAAACGUCUCAUGACCAGGAGUCCUUAAUCACAACGUCUCUGCCUAGCCCAGGAAACUUUAGAAAGUCCAACAUUGAACAUUAUAGCCGAUCAUUCAAAGAAACCACAAACAGCUUGGUAAGGACCACAGAAGAUCUUCGAAGCUGUGAAAAACCUCAAAAAAGGCAGUCUGCGAAAGAGCGUUUGUGGAACAAACAGACUACUGAAUGCCAGUCUUCGGGGACUCCAUAUCAGGAUAAUGAUGGCUACUGUCCUGACUUAGAAUUGAGUGACUCAGAAGCUGAAAGUGACGAAAAUAAGGACCACAUGCGACUGAGAAGAGGCAGCUCAAGUCGAGAAAGUCCUAACAGAGACUCAAAUAGAAACAGUCGUAACAGAAGCAAAAAGAGUAUGGUUCCUCACAGUUCGGGACAGAGGUGAUGGCUCAUGGCUCCCCAAAUCAUUUAUUUAAUGCCUGUGCAUAUUCUAAUGCCAAAAAGAGAGCCUCCAUCUCUAGGAAUCCAGUGAAUAUGGAAUUCUUUUUUUUUUUUUUUUUUAAUCUGGUUUUCUAGUGGAAAGGCCAUGCUAAGGGUGUGGACGAGUCAUUCGUCUAGGAGAAUGCACAGGCUGCAGUGUUACUUUUUGUAGAGCCCGGAAUAAUAAUAUGCACAAUUACAUUUUUAUAUUAUUUGUAACGCCAAAAUGUUCUUAAAUAUUAUACAAUACAAACACCUUGUUUAAUUUAUGUGGAAGCGAAGCUCUGUACCAUAGUUUAAAUAUGCCUUUAAAUAUCUUUGCUAACAAGUGAGAGUAUUACUUUGUGUAAAUACCUUGUUUUUAAUGUGAAUUUUAAUGGCAGUGUACAGGAUUUGCUUGUCGUGCAAUGCAUUUGAUGUAAAUAUUUAAACGGUAUACCUACCAGAUGCCAAUAUGUGAAUAUGGUUUACAAAGAGGAAUGGUAGAUUUACAUUAUUUAUCAUUGUGUUUCAGUCAGACUGAAACGAUCAGCUGAGCAUGGGUCGUAUGCAUGAAGAAUCGUGAUCUGCAGAAUGUAUUCAUGGCAGCUGGGGGAAUAGCACUGAGGUCACAACAGAACACUACUUUCUUUCUAUUCUGAAUGCAGAGCCCCCCACUAUAAAUAAAAAACACACAAGAGGUCUUCCUAAGCAGUCGUUAUACUUGCGUUUGUGAACUGUACUGAGUUUUGGAUUCCCCAUUUCCAAUGUUUUUAUUUUUUUAUUCUAAUUUAUGACCCCCAUUUACCCACAGCUCCUGCUGUGUGGAAAGGAAGUCAGUUUUUCUAUUUAUUCCUAUGGCAGUCUUAUAGCAAUGAAUAGAGAAACUGACUUCCUUUCUAUACUAUAGAAUUUACCAGCUCACUUGCAAAAAUUGGGAGUGUCUGAAAGUGUGAUUUUUACACUGCAAUAUGCAAACAUUGAGUCGUAAUCUAACAGGGUGCAUGCACACGGCCAUAUCCCUUUUGCAGUACUCAAAACACGGAUCUGCAAAAUAUAGAUGCCGUCCGUGUGCUUGCCACAGUUUUCUCACUCCCCUCACUAGAACUGGCUAUUCUUCUCUGCAAAAUGGACAAGAAUGGCACAUGUUCUGUAUUUUGCGGUCACACAGAUAGACGGCACACAGAUGACAUCUGUAUGCUGUCCGUAUUUUUUGCACACUGGUCUGCGUGCGAAAUGCGAAUUGGCCAAACCUGCUGAUUUCAUUGGAACCUGACAAUCCUCUGUGUGUAUGUGUUAAGGGGACCAGGUGCCUUUGACCUUGGCUGUUCAGUUAGACAGUUGCCAUAUUGCCCCAGACAGAACAUUGCUUGCAGCAGAAGUUAUAACUUUUCAUAUACAUCCAGUUUUUAAGGGAAAAUCAAGGCAGGUUUAAAGGAAGUCUGUGAGCUCAUUUAUACCUAUUAAACCUUGGACGGUAGGUGACAUAGCAUGUAGGGUAUGUGGUUUCAUGGCCCGGAAAAAGAGGUUUGAAUCAAUCUGCUAGUGAAGCACAAGUGUCCUGCUGGGAGGUCCAUAGAAGGUGCCCAGGCUGUCAUCUCCUAUCCCGCUCUCUCACCUCUGGACAUCUCACCCCCUCUCUCUCUCUGGAAUUUCAUGUGGACGCAGUUUAUAGCCAGGCCUUACAUUGCCAGAAAAAAAUACCCUUGUGCUUAAACCAAUUGACUGCAACAUGCAAGUGAAAAUUACUUGUGUGCCCUUAUUCUUAAUACAUUUCAACAGCUGAGAAGGACCUAUUUAACCCUUUCACUGCUAAGCAGAACUGCAAUACGUCAAACAAUUGUGGCAGCUAAAUGGAAUAUUAUGGAUGUAGCUCAUCCUGGUAUCAUCUGAAAGCCUGCCUUUAGCGUUAAAUGAUGCCAGGAUGGAAUUCCUAGGUGCAAUAUUUGGGGUGGGGUUUUAGAAGUCAGGGCAGAGGACAAAACUUCCAUUUUCUAUGCCUCUGUUGGGGAGGGUGAAAGCAGACACUGUUGGCUCUAAUGCGGUCUCAAACACAUACAUCCCCGUCCUCCAUUCCUUAUGAGGGGCUAUAUGCUGUCACAUUUAGGGGGCUUUUUCGACUAAUGCAGUGAGGAGAGCAGUUGCAUAUACAGUCAUCCACUGCUCCUAAUCUGUGUUCAAAUGUUUACCAGUAAAAAACACUGUGCUUUUGUUGAUUUUGUGAUUUGAAAGCUCUGUGAAGCAAAAUGGAUUGAAGGUGGCCAGCAGUGGCUUUUUCACAAUUUGCCCACUCUUAGAAUUAUUUUUUUUGUGUGUGAAGAAUGUGUCGAAACCCCUGGUUAAAAUUGAAGCUCAUCUAAAAAAAAUGUUGCCAAUAGUAAUGGUUGUUCACUAUUGGUUAGAUGACAAAAUUCAUUGCAGAGCUUCCGAGUGCAUUAACUUCCUGUAAUUUCUGUAUUAGGAGCAAAUAGACCGGUUCACCCGAUUGGUAGGAGUACUGGCAGCUGGACUUCCACUUGAGGUGGGGAUUAUGUUGGGGUAGUAGAAAAUGAUGAAAAUGUUCACAACCAAAAUGAAAUCCAUACAUCAUGCUUGGUCUAGUUAUAGAUGAUGGUGCACGCAAAAAUGUAGAUCUUCCAACAGUAUUACACUGGUGCUAUGCUCUGCUGUCUCUUGAAUUCAAAUACUGGCCAACAAAAAUGGUGACUCCAUAAUACAGCCAAAAAGAUAAUAUAGUUUACUCAUCUGUAGAUGUUUGACCCCUCUCUUUUUUUUUUUACUUUUUUUUAAAUAUAUAAAUAUGUAUAUAUUCAAUUUCCAAAAAUUGACUGAGCCUUUUCUGAUGUCCCUGAUGUUUUACAAAUACUUUUUCAUUAAAUUAUGUAUUUGC